AUGGAUGGCUCCGAUAAAGUGCCUCUCUGGUUUAUUGGACAAGCUCAGAAACCUCACGCCAUCCGUCGUACCAAUAUCAAUAUCCAGAACCUCGGGGUUUAUUGGCGUGCUAAUAAGAAGGCCUGGAUGGUGAGCUCAAUUAUGGAAGAAUGGCUUCGGUGGUUUGAUCUUCGGAUGGCUGGCCGAUUAUCACUUCGUGGUGCUGAGAUUCCUAUACAAGCCGAGGAUACUACGAUCUUAGAUAUUGAGGCUGGUUUACAAAGGCUCUCAUUUAUCUCUGCUAUCGAGAACCCUAUGGAUAUUCAGCACUUUCUUAAUCCUGAAGAGGAGAUUGUUACCGAUAGCUCCGAGUCUAUUGACCUACAAAUCCUCGCUCAAUUCCAGGCGCCUGAUGAUGAAGAGGAAGAAGAGGAUCCUGAGGUUAUGCCUAAAGUGUCAUCGGCUAGUGCACUUGAAGCCGUGCAACUGCUACAGCUCUAUCAGGAGCAACAGGAGGAGGGUGAUAUUAAGCUAAUUCAUACUCUGAAUAAGCUUAGGAUGGAGAUCCAGGGGGGGCAUCGCCCAGAAUCGCCAGCAGGGAGACAUUCGUUCAUAUUUUAG